UUUCUCUCUGCCUCUCAUUCCUGAGGCUAGACCAAGGAAGAACAGAGCUCUACUUGGUGCGGCCGAGUACUGAGGACCCUCCAAAGAAUAAUUCCUCCUUUAAUCACUGUUUAUUAUUUUAUUUGCAAGCUGUAAAAGAAGGUUCAUAUUUUCUCACUUGGCUGAAGUGACACGUGGAAACUUGUUUUGCAAAGUUCGGCUCACUGGGCGGAGAGAAAGUUAAACACAUCAGAGUUUAUAGGAGGCUGAUACACGGCAUAAUGGAUCUUGUGGUAUUGGUGGCGUUCAGCUCCUGGGUGGCUCCUGCACUUGGAUCAGCGUUUGGCAGGGAAGUGUUUGCCUCAGCGGCAGAUGAGGACAAAGCAGACUAUGACAGUGCUUUUGAUUACGAUUAUGAAUCCCUGAGAAUCGGUGGCCUGGUUUUCGCAGUGGUGCUGUUCCUCAUGGGUAUCGCCCUCAUUGUCACCAGAAAAUGCACCUGCUCAAACAGUGACAAGUCAAGGUCCAGGGGUCCUGAUGCAGAGUCAGGUGUUCCAAGGGCUUAGUGGGCAUGAAGGCAAAGAGCAGUGGAGGUCUGUGUUGCUGACUGUUUGCCAUUAGGUGGCAGCAAAUACCUUGAUCACAGCUGAGGACAAUCUUUCCAUGGACACAAGAAGCUUUCUUCAAUUUCAUAAUUUCACAAUGUUACUUUGCUCCUUUCUUUUGUAAUGUUUUUUCCAUCAAUAAGUGUUAUUAGUGUCAUGAUAUGCCGACUUUAUAUGGUAGCAAUAGUGUGAUUAUUGUUUGUAUUUUUUUGUGAUGUUCGACAAAUGCAUAAGAAUAAACAAAUGUAUGAAAAGA